CACGACUCCUCAGUUUACCUACCUACACUACCUAACAGUUCCGCCACCGUCAAUGUUGCUUCAUCUUACUAUCUUACCUACCUGUAGGUACCUCUGCGCGUCUAUUGUCUCUCUUGAAACCACCCGAACGAAGGGGCUGUUCAUCCAUCUUCAGCAUCACGCGGCAUUACACUGGACGGGCACGCCAGAGGCACCGUCCGGGCACCAGCCAGUGACCGUGCAUGCAUAUCUGAUAUGUACCUCCUCUGAAUACUACAUAUACCUCUACCUACCUCUCCCAUAAUACACCAUUACAACACAAUUCGGUAAUCCACAUUCGCAGCAACUGGUGUCUUGGCUUUGGCAAUCACACAACUGAAGACAUUGGCCUGUUGUGCCUCAGCUGUGACUCUUAUUAACUGCUUGGCUAAGCAGUGGUUUGACCGGCGACCCCAUCGCCAAACCUGAUUGGGCCGAUUCGACUGGGUCCGGGUCUGCAUUGGUCUGCAAGGCUACCUAGAGAGGUAGCAGCAGCUGCGGAAGACGGAAGACGGGACAGAACAGGAAGAGCUCUCUCUGCCAGGUACCUUACACUACCCAUCGCCAGUGCCGCCAUCAACCUUAAACACGCCGGGCGUCCCCCCAACUUCCCGAUCUCGGAUUCCCAAUUUCUUCACCAUCACCCUCGACCACCGCCCAUCGGCCCAUAUCGCCCAUCGCCCCAUCGCGACACCGGACCACCACUACGACGCCUGCCCGGAUACCGUACCGGAUCAUCGGGUCGCCCCAUCACGCGACCACCGCGCCGCCCUGGACGUCUACCGACCCGUUGACGCCACCGGUCCGCCCAGUUUUUCCUCCGAUCGAUUGACUACUGCCGUGUGCCGCCCCGGCUGCCACUCCCGUGUUUUGAUACGGUUCGGCCAUAGGAGCAUUUGGCCAGUGAGACCACUUUAGCUCCGAGGACUUUGUACCACAACACCAGCACACACACCUCUAUACUAUACUAUACUAUACUAUACUAUACCAUACAGUCUUCAGUUCUCUCCGUCUCUGCUAUUUGAUUACCAUGGAGAGCCCCGAGUUCUCGGCUGGUAUGCGUAACCAGGGCCCCAAUGGUGGUCCCCCAAAGCGCAAGCGCAGCAUCAUGGAAAGCAGCCCUGCUAGCACAGGAGACAACGACCGUGAAGAGCGCGACGAUGGUUCUCCCGAGACCAAGGGUGGCCGCCGGCUGCCCGGUGUCAAGCGCGCCUGCAACGAGUGCCGUCAACAAAAGUUGCGAUGCGAUGUCGUUCAAGAACCCUUCUCUAGCUGCUCACGAUGCAACCGUCUACACCUCGAAUGCAAGAUCGAAUCCAACUUCAAGCGCGUCGGGAAGCGUAGUAAGCAUGCCGAGAUGGAGAAAGAAAUCGAGAGGCUCAGACGCGCGGUGCAAAGCGCAAAAUCCCAAGGUUUUGUUGUCGACGAGGACGAUGACAACAACACCCCAGGCAAUGCCACGCACUCCCAACUACACUCCCCUGUGAUCAACAGCCAUUAUUCGCACACAAGGAACCCCUCGUUGAUGGGCUCCGACGAGGCUGUCUCUUCUCUGCUUCACCUGAAGCGGGGAGGCUCCUAUGCCAUGCCCAGGAUCGUGCGUGAGCUUGAAGACUUCAGGAUAACAGAAGAUGACGAAGGCGUUUUGUUUAACGACUACUUCCACUAUUAUCAUCCAUUCCUCCCAUUCCUCAACCCCCAUCAGACCCCAGACCAGUACUACCAACAGUAUCCUUUGCUUUACUGGGCCAUAGUGGCCGUGGCUAGCAGGCGCUAUGGCCACGAUCGAUCAUUCUUGACAAAGCUAUCCAGCCCUCUGACAAGAUUGCUCUGGACUACCAUCGGCGAGGUGCCUCAAAGCUACUUUGCUGUCAAGGCGCUGUGCCUCCUCUGCACAUGGCCUCUUCCGACCAGCACAUCAUCAUCCGACCCGACCCACAUUCUGGGUGGUGUCCUGAUGAAGACGGCUACCGGUCUGGGCCUUCAUCGGCCAAAUCACAUGAACGACUUCUCAAGGGUGCCUAUAGAGCUCAACAAGGAGGGUCUUCAUGAUAGAAUCAAGACGUGGGCCGUCGCCAAUAUCGUGGCGCAGGCUGUAGGCACAGGCUAUGGUCAACCUGCAACAACCUUAUACGACUGGACAUUGGCUACUCGCCAAGGCGAUACAAGUCCUGCUUCGCUAGGCCCAGAGCUCGAGGCUAGACUCCAGAUCGAACGCUUUUGCGAUAAGGUCUCCAAGGAGAUGUACAGCAAUGCUAGCGAUCCUAGGGGCGUUGCAGGCGAUGAGCAUCGAGCCAUGUUGAUGCGCGUUUAUCGUCGCGAUUAUAACGAGCUGGCUGCUUCCGUCUUGUCCAAGGGUGUCUCGCCGGUCGUCAACCUCCAUCUCAAGGCUGCUGGCCUCCAUCUACGCCUUGCAGGCUUUUUCGAUUCCAACAACUCACCCAACUACCUGGAUGAUCUUAUGGGGCUCUGGAGAGCUACGACGAGCUUCCUCGACUUCAUCUUGGAUGGCGACCCGUCUUGCCACGAUCACUAUUCUUACCAAUACCGCGAUCAGUACAUGCUCAAGUACGCCUCCAAUUUUAUCCAGCAGAUGCUGGUAGCUGCCGGGUUCUCACUGCUCAAGCUACUGCGCUCCUUCUUCGCCAAAAUUAUUGAUUUUGAUCGCGGACGGGAACUCUUCCACAGAACCAUCCAGGCCAUCCGGACCACAAGCGUCAUACAGAACGAUCUUUAUUGGAGAUUGGCUGAGCUCAUGGUCCAGAUAUGGAAUGGCGCUGGUAGGGAGAACCCAAACGCAUAUCGGCCAGAUGGAACCGACCCGGUGGUGGACGACAGUCUACAACUCAAGGUGAGAUGUAGACACAGCAUGAGUCUGGUAUUCGAUUCGAUUUGGCACUGGAGGGAAGAGUACCAAGCCAGGGGGAGAGGUACACUUGAUGCCUCUUCGACACAUCUCGAUAGUACGCUAGCACCGCCCUCUCACGGUAUACCGAACCUUGGCCUUGCCGCCGCCGCCUCGAACGGAUCCAUCACACCCGGAGGAGGAUCAACUACCAUGGGUGGAAACCAGCAACUCAUGGGCAUGAACGGCUUCGAUACCCUCGACGUCUGGGAUCCCCAACACUGGAUGCUCGAUGGCCUGCUCGACUUCAACUACACGUUUGUCCCUCCGAUAGAAGGCGCUUAGGAGCCCCUUUUACGACCAGGAAACGGAACGUCUUGAUGCAUACCCACGAUUAGCCGCCGCCGUCGAUGUCCGAAUAUCUUUAACGCGUACUAAAUGGAUUCAUAUUAUACAGAGCUUCAACACUCGAUUACACAGUAUCACCAUCAGCAUCAGCAUCAGCAAAUUGUUUUCUUCGAUCAGCAUGCUCUUUCAUAAUUCAUGUGUUGCAUUUUCAGUUUGCUUUUCAUUUUUCCAACAAGUAUACCCCGUUUUUUAUGCACAUAAUGAGACUAAAAAUCUCUGGGAUAAUGGGGUUCGGGAUUUGCUUUUUUUUUUCGCUUUGGUUCGGGAUGACGGUAGGCUGGGAAAAUUUACUAGGGCGGAACUCAAAAAUCAAAAUUGGCGAAGUGUCUUGAGACUAUGUCCAAGACGAUGGAACAAGUUAUAUAAUUUUCUUCAUAUUCAGCGUAGUCGUAGUGUGACACAAAAGAAGAGAAGGUGUUAUCAUGGUGUGUCUUCUACAUAGCUCAUGUCUGGCAUCGACGAGAGAAAGCUCGUAAUUGCAUUGUGUUUCAUACUCAAAAUUGCAAAGUUCAGUUGCAUUCCCUUCCUCAG